AUGAUGAAGAAAAGAACUUGGAAAAGUAAAGAAACGUCUCCGUGUCCGUUAAUUUGUCAGAUAUGUGGUGAUACGGCUCGUGGAAUAAACUUUGCAGCGCUCACAUGUAUGUCAUGUAAAAUGUUCUUUCGACGACAUGUGGAAUCACGAAAACCACAAGUGCCAUGCUACUUUAAUGAUCGAUGUAUAAUGACACCGAAAACGAGAAAAUAUUGUUCAGCCUGUCGAUUGAGAUGCUGCUUUCGAGUUGGAAUGGAUCCGAAAUUGAUUCGUCAUUCGCCACCAACAAGUACAUCGAAACUACCUACAAACAGUCUUCUCGACGAUGAUCGUUCACUUUUAACACUGGACGAAUGGAAUCUUCUUUCGAAUAUUGUCAACACAUACGAUGCGCAUAAUUUCUUUGUGAAGUCCAAACUAUUUUUUCAAAAUCAAUCUUCACUGCCAUUGAAAUUUCGCUGCAAAGAAUCAAAUAUCUUGUGCCACGUCGGAACGCUUUUCGCACAAUCGUUUACAUUCAUCGAACGUUGUCCGUUAUUUCACGAUCUAUCGGCUAAUAUUCGUCACAUGCUCAUGAAACGUAAUUUAAGUAUUGUUGGCAGUCAAAACGGUUUGUUCAUUUGUAGAGAACUGAAUUUAUCCGAAAACGAAUUGUAUUUGAAAUGCGUCGAACAGAUCUAUGGAACUGCUUACUCGAAACAAGUCGUUCAGCUCAGUCGACGAUUUGAUGAAAACGCAACAUUGAUGAAAAUCAUUUUUUUGGUCACGAUCUUUUCGAGUAACUGUUCCGUUGUCGUCGAAGAUUCAUUGGAAUAUUUUCCUUCCCGAGCAAUGUUGCAGAUAGAAAACCGAAUCGUCACUAUGCUGUGGAAGUAUUUGAUCUAUCAAUAUAGAUUUGAAGAGGCCGUCAUUAGAUAUGCUUCAUUGGUGAAAAGUAUCCUCGAUAUGAUUCAACGAAUGGGUAUGGGAACAAGUACACAACGACAUUGGCAAAUGGUCGAUAAAAUAAUUGGACAGAAAUCAUGUUUAAUCACUUCGGAAGAUGAAUUCAAAUAA